ACGCCCGAGGAGGAGGCCAUGCACGUCGUCAAGAGAGAUGGCCGCCAUGAGCGCGUCAUGUUUGACAAGAUCACCUCCCGGAUCCAGAAGCUGUGCUACGGUCUUAAUCUGGAUUUCGUGGAUCCGGCUCAGAUCACCAUGAAAGUGAUCCAGGGCCUCUAUAGCGGCGUCACCACCGUGGAGCUGGACACUCUGGCCGCUGAGACAGCCGCCACCCUGACCACCAAGCACCCCGACUACGCCAUCCUCGCCGCUAGGAUCGCCGUCUCCAACCUGCACAAGGAGACCAAGAAAGUCUUCAGCGAUGUGAUGGAAGACCUGUACAACUAUGUGAACCCUCACAACAGCAAGCAUUCUCCCAUGAUUGCGAAGGAGACGCUGGACAUCGUUUUGGCCAACAAAGACCGACUGAACUCUGCUAUUAUUUACGACCGCGAUUUCUCCUACAAUUAUUUUGGCUUUAAGACACUCGAGCGCUCGUAUCUUCUGAAAAUCAAUUCUAAAGUCGCUUCUGCGUCCCAGCACAUGCUGAUGCGGGUCUCUGUGGGGAUCCACAAGAGCGACAUCGACGCGGCCAUUGAGACCUACAACCUGCUCUCCGAGAAGUGGUUCACCCACGCCUCCCCCACCCUCUUCAACGCCGGCACCAACCGCCCCCAGCUCUCCAGCUGUUUCCUGCUGUGCAUGAAGGACGACAGCAUCGAAGGCAUCUAUGACACGCUGAAGCACUGUGCGCUCAUCUCCAAGUCGGCCGGAGGGAUCGGUCUCGCUGUCAGCUGCAUCCGCGCCACCGGGAGCUACAUUGCAGGGAGCAGAGUUACAGAAAGUGCCUUUUGGGUCAACCGCUGGGGUCCCCCUUGGUCACCUUUGACCCUCCUUUUGCAGGACUGGUCCCUGAUGUGUCCCAACGAAUGCCCCGGCCUGGAUGAAGUCUGGGGAGAGGAGUUCGAAAAACUCUAUGAGAGCUACGAGAAGCAAGGCCGCGUGCGCCGCGUGGUGAAGGCCCAGCAGCUCUGGUACGCCAUCAUCGAGUCCCAGACGGAGACCGGCACUCCGUACAUGCUCUACAAGGACUCCUGCAACAGGAAGAGCAACCAGCAGAACCUGGGGACCAUCAAGUGCAGCAACCUCUGCACCGAGAUCGUGGAGUACACCAGCAAGGACGAGGUGGGUCGCAUGAGGGGGGAGUUGAGGUCCAAAACACAGGGAGGGCCCGCGUUUGCCACGCUUGGGAUGAAGGGAACUGAAGGCGAGGAGGAAGAGCUUCUCGUCCAGGGUGGUCUCCUCCUUCACUUGCCGGACAUCCUUCAGCGCCAGCAGCUUGUUCGGGGAGGCCGAGGCCGACGGGUCCGAGCUCUGGUAAAGGGCCGCCAUGGCGCCGGGGCCAGGCAAAGGCCCAUCGGGGGAGAAGGCGUCGCUAAGGGGCCUCCUCCUCCUCCUUCUCCCUCACCAACAGCCACGAAGGGCGUCGCCGAAAUCCGACGGAAAAGGCCAGCGACGCUGGAGCUGUCAAAGCCAAGAAGCGAGGCUCGCGCCGCUGUCACCGCCGCGCAUGCGCAGAAGGGCUCCUCCAUCCCUUUCUCCGCGGAGGUCUCCAACAAGCGUCACCGCCCCAUUGGGAUCGGGGUGCAGGGCCUGGCGGACGCCUUCAUCCUGAUGCGCUUCCCCUUCGAGAGUGCCGAGGCUCAGCUCCUCAACCAGCAGAUCUUCGAGACCAUCUACUACGCCGCGCUGGAGGCCAGCUGCGAUCUCGCCAAGGAGUGCGGCCCCUACGAGACCUACGAGGGAUGCCCCCUCAGCAAAGGGAUCCUGCAGUACGACAUGUGGAACGUGGUUCCCACGGACCUUUGGGACUGGAAGGCCUUGAAGGAGAAGAUUGCAAAGCACGGGGUCCGGAACAGCCUCCUGGUGGCCCCCAUGCCCACGGCUUCCACGGCUCAGAUCCUGGGCAACAACGAGUCCAUCGAGCCCUACACCAGCAACAUCUACACCCGGAGGGUCCUCUCUGGAGAGUUUCAGAUUGUGAACCCGCACUUGUUGAAGGACCUGACGGAGCGAGGCCUUUGGAACGAGGAGAUGAAGAACCAGAUCAUCGCCUGCAAUGGCUCCAUCCAGACCAUCCCCGAAAUCCCGGACGACCUGAAGCUGCUCUACAAGACGGUGUGGGAGAUCUCCCAGAAGACGGUGCUGAAGAUGGCCGCCGACCGAGGGGCCUUCAUUGACCAGAGCCAAUCCCUGAACAUCCACAUCGCCGAGCCCAACUACGGCAAACUGACCAGCAUGCACUUCUACGGCUGGAAGCAGGGCCUGAAGACCGGCAUGUACUACCUGCGGACAAAGCCGGCGGCCAACCCGAUCCAGUUCACGCUGAACAAGGAGAAGCUGAACAAGGAGAAACUGAGCAGCGCUGGGAAGGAGGAGGAAGGCGAGGAGGAGAAGAAGGAGCGCAACAAGGCGGCCAUGGUCUGCUCCCUGGAGAACAGGGACGAGUGCCUCAUGUGCGGGUCUUAACUGCGGAGGGAGCGAGUGGCAGAAGAUAGGAUUAGGUAGGUCUAGUUUACCUGGGACAAAGAGAGAGGCUCCCAGAAGCCUUUGACGUGCCUUGCGGCCAUCUUGCAGGACCCACACUAUUCGAAUUUGGGCCUUCUGGGUGUUUUGGACUACAACUCCCACUAUUCCUAACUUAAGCGGCUUAAGCGGCUGAGGGGGAAAAGGAAGGGGCCUGAGGCUGUUAGGAAUGGUGGGAGUUGUAGUCCAAAACACCCAGAAGGCCCAAAUUCACCCAUCCUGAUAUAGGUCAAUUUUCUCUACUGUUGUAGUCCUGGGACUGGACAUUCCCUGUGUUAUCCUUUGCAACUUCCUGCUGUACGAUGUUCUCUUUCACUUCCCAGCAACAAAGCCCGUUCCUUCCUGGCCAUCCUGAAUCCGUGGCCUCUUUUUGGUGGCUCUGGACUAUUUAUUGAGGGCAGGGGGUCCCAGGCAGGGUCCUCUGACCCACUUCAGUGCAUUAAUAAAAACCUUGAGGUGCAAA